GUAUUAAUUGUUUCACGUUUCAUUUCGGUCUAUUUUUUCAUGUAUUUAUACCCCUACUCGUCCUUGCUUCUUCCACCAUCUAAAACUUUCAUUGUUUCCUUUACAUCUCUCUGCUUGAGUGUCUUCUAAUAAAACACAAUUCACAAAAGAAAAGAAAAUGGUUGCAACCUGGCCUGAGCCGAUUGUUUCCGUUCAAGCCUUGUCCCAAACCGGCCUAUCCACCGUUCCAAACCGCUAUGUUAAACCGGUUCAUCAGAGACCGGUCUACAACUCCGACCAAUCCGAUCUUGACAUGGAAGUACCCGUGCUAGACAUGAGGGACGUGUGGAAGAAACCGGAGGGGCUGAAGCGCGUGAGGAAUGCGUGUGAGGAGUGGGGUUUCUUCCAAGUGGUGAACCAUGGUGUAGACUAUGCGCUGAUGGAGAGUGUGAGGGGAGCGUGGCGAGAGUUCUUUGAUUUACCCGUAGAGAUGAAACGAAAGUAUGCAAAUUCACCAGACACAUAUGAAGGCUAUGGAAGCAGGAUUGGGGUUGUGAAAGAUGCUAAGUUAGAUUGGAGUGAUUAUUUCUUCCUCAAUUACUUGCCUUCCUCCAUUAGAAACCCUUCCAAGUGGCCAUCUCAGCCUCCUAAGAUAAGAAAAUUGAUCGAAGAGUACGGAGAAGAAGUGAGAAAACUGUGUGAGAGGCUGGUGGAGACAUUGUCAGAGAGUUUAGGUUUAGAACCAAACCAUCUCAUGAAGGCUUUUGGAGGAGAAGACAAAGUUGGAGCUAAUCUGAGGGCAAAUUUCUACCCAAAAUGCCCUCAGCCACACCUAACUUUAGGUCUUUCUUCCCAUUCUGACCCUGGUGGCAUUACCAUUGUCCUCCCGGACGAAAAGGUAGCUGGCCUCCAGGUCCGUCGUGGUGACUGCUGGGUCACCGUUAAAUCCGUCCCCAAUGCUUUGAUUGUUAACAUUGGAGACCAAGUUCAGAUACUUAGCAAUGGAAUUUACAAAAGCGUGGAGCAUCAGGUGGUCGUUAAUUCCGGUAUGGAUCGAGUCUCCUUGGCACUCUUCUACAACCCAAGAAGUGAUAUCCCGAUCGGACCGGUUAAAGAACUAUUAACCGAAGAUCGACCUGCUCUUUAUAAGCCGAUCAGGUUCGACGAGUACCGUCUUCUGAUUAGGCAAAAGGGUCCUAGUGGAAAAAAUCAAGUCGAUUCACUGUUGGCAAGCACAUGAUAAUUGAUAUAUAUAUCCCGAGAAAAAUCAGUUACUACGUACAAACGUACACUACUUAUGUAUUCGUACCUAAAUAAUAUGUAAACUUACUCUAUGUAAGAAAGAAUAAUUGCACAAUUGGCAUCAAACCUGA